CCUGCUGCUCGCCCGCGGUCAAGGCUGAGGAGUCUCGCCCGCGUCCUCGCGGUCUUGACGCUCUCGCUCGCCCUCGUGCAGUAUGUACGCAUGUACGCGGACGUCGCUGGGGGCGCGGCGCGGAAGACGGUGAAUGUGCCGCUCCGCGCGCAGGAGUACCUCGACAAGUGUGCGCUGCUGGAGGUCAAGCCGGGGCCGCCCCCGGACUUCAAUGCGCGCGCGCGGUCAGAUAGGUUCGUCCCCGGGACGAAGGCGACGCUGAUCAAGAACGCGACGAUCUGGACGGGGCGCGUGGGCGGGCUCGAGAUCUUGCAUGGGGAUAUCUUGCUCGAUGCGGGCCUUAUCAAACGCGUUGGUGUCAUUGAGGAGAGCGAGCUUGAGGCGUAUGCGGAAUUGGCGCACGUCGACGCGCAGGGCAAAUGGGUGUCUCCUGGAAUCGUUGACCUGCACAGUCACUUAGGCGUAUACAACAAUCCGCAGCUGCGCGGAGCGAUGGACGUGAACUCCUUCAAGGGGCCCAUACUUCCCUGGCUCCGCGCGCUCGACGGCCUGAACACGCACGACGACGCGUACCAGCUGAGUAUCGCAGGCGGUGUCACCACAUCCCUCGUCCUCCCGGGAUCUGCGAACGCGAUCGGCGGGCAGGGCGUCGUGAUCAAACUGCGCCCGCCGACGGACCGCUCGCCCACGGGCAUGCUGCUCGAGAGCCCGUACGAGACGAAUGGGACGGUCUAUGACCCGCGCACGUUCUUCCGCUACCGCCAGAUGAAACACGCAUGCGGAGAGAACCCAGACCGAGUAUACUCGGGCACGCGCAUGGACACCGCGUGGGCGUUCCGCCAGGCGUACGAAAAGGCGCGGCAGAUCAAGCAAGCGCAGGACGCCUUCUGCGCCAAGGCUUCGCAGGGAGAGUGGGCUGGGCUGGGUGAGUUCCCGGAGGAGCUGCAGUGGGAGGCUCUGGUCGACGUCUUGCGCGGACGCGUCAAGGUCCAUAACCACUGCUACGAGACUGUGGAUCUGGACGACCUCGUGAGAAUCACCAACGAGUUCAAGUUCUCGAUCGCGGCUUUUCACCAUGCGCACGAGACCUACCUUGUUCCCGAAACGCUCAAAUCUGCGUAUGGGCAUCCGCCGGCCGUCGCACUCUUCGCGACGAACGCGCGGUACAAGCGCGAGUCGUACCGCGGCUCAGAGUUUGCGCCUAAGAUUCUCGCGGAGAACGGCCUCCAGGUCGUCUUGAAGUCGGAUCACCCAGUGCUGAACUCGCGCCACCUUGUGUACGAGGCUCAGCAGGCGCAUUUCUUCGGCUUGCCGCAUAACCUUGCACUUGCUUCUGUUACGACGACGCCAGCGACUAUUAUUGGGCAAGAGCACAGAAUCGGCUUCCUCAAAGAAGGAUUUGACGCAGACCUAAUCCUAUGGGACAGCCACCCUCUCGCGCUCGGUGCGACACCGCAACAAGUCUGGAUCGACGGCAUCGCUCAGCUGGACGCACCCCACAUCAUCUCAAAACCUGCGGCCCUCCAAAAGAAGCCUGCGACUCCGAACUUUGACAAGGAGGCAGAAGAAACCUUAAAAUACGAUGGUCUGCCACCGCUCGAUCCGAAACCCUCGAAGGCGCGCACUGUGGUCUUCACCAACGUCAGCGCCGUCUACUUGCGGGGAAACGACAGCGUCAGUGAGGUGUACGCGACGCGCACCGCGGCGGGAUCAGCUGCUCCUGGCGUCGUAGUCGUGCGCGACGGGAAGAUUGACUGCAUCGGAGCACCCUCAAGUGCAUGCGCAUUCUCAGUUACGCGCGACGACGAUGCAGACUUCAUCGACCUCGAAGGCGGAGCGAUAUCGCCCGGGCUUGUCUCUACGGGCUCACCUCUCGGGCUAGAGGAGAUCCGCUCCGAGUCGUCUACCCGGGAUGGCCUCGUCCUGGAUCCACUGACAAGUGUGAUUCCCGAGAUCGUCGGCGGCGAGGGUGCGCUUAUCCGCGCUGCGGACGGCCUGCAAUUCGGGACUCGCGACGCUCUGCUGGCCUACCGCUCUGGAGUGACCUCCGGCAUCACCGCGCCUCAAUCGGCUGGGUUCCUCGCUGGCCUCAGUGCCGCGUUCUCUACGGGUAGCCGCCACAAGCUCGAGAACGGCGCGUUGCUGCAGGAUGUAGGUGCCCUGCAUCUGUCCAUCAGCCCCGUUGGCGUGCCCAGCGUGAGCACGCAGAUCACUGCGCUUAGACACAUAUUGUUGGGAAAGACGAAGGGGGAGCUCGGACACGCUCUCGACGGCGUUAAGCAGGGAACUACUCCGCUGGCCAUCCACAUCCAGAGCGCGGACGCCAUCGCGUCCGUGAUCGUGCUCAAGUCCGAAGUCGAGGAAGCGCUUGGAAACAAGAUCAAGGUGACCCUCGUGGGCGCGGCGGAGGCGCACCUGCUCGCGAAGGAGAUCGCCCAUGCCGGGAUUGGGGUCAUCAUCUCUCCUACGCGGCCGUUCCCGCACCAUUGGGAGAAACGACGACUUCUUCCGGGUCCGCCGUUGUCCGCAAGAAACGCGAUCACGGAGCUGCGCGCGCACAACGUGACUGUCGCCGUUGGCGUGAACGAGGCGUGGAUGGUGCGCAACACACGCUUCGACGUCGCUUGGGCGGCUCUUGAAUCGGGCGGGGCGAUCUCCAAGGCGGACGCGAUCGCCCUCGCGUCGACGAAUGUGGAGGAGUUGCUGGGAGUCAAGACGGACGAGCUGCAGAGCGACCUGGUCGCCACGCGCGGCGGUGACUUGCUUGACUUUUGUAAGGUUGUGGCGGUUGUUUCUCCCCGGCGCGGCGUCGUGGACAUCAUCUGAAUGUAUGCGUGAGGUCGUUCACUAUAUGC